AUGGAUGAUCUUUUAGUUUAUUCACUAGAACAAAUAGCUUUCGAAGGAAAUGAAGGCUGUAACCUCUCUAGACUUUGGGAAAUUGUAGAGAAUUUUUAUUCUAUUUAUUAUAAUUCUUCUUAUUCUAUUGAUGAUGACUUUAAAUGUUAUUUUUGGAAUUUUUUUGUUUUUCUGCCAGACUUGAUACUUAAUGAAGUUGAUAAUGAAUCUACUGUUUCAAAUUUGAUAUUAAACCCUAUCAAAACAAAGGAAGCUGAUUUAGAAUUAAUAAAAAAGCGUUAUGGUGACCGCAUAAGAUUAACUGUAGUACCAGAAAAGCAGUUUUCAGCUAUUACAGGUAAAGAACUUGAUGAGGAGAAUAAGCAUAUUAUGAGACAUUUUGAUAUACUUUCUAUGAUAUUCAAACAUAAAGAAAAAGGAAUUAAUCAAGUUGAUCUUGUUAAACAGUUAAAUAUUGAUCCUCGUAGUUUACCUUCUCGUAUAAAUCCGUUAAUUGAAAAAGGACUUGUUGUAAAAUCUCCCAUUAUUAUUUCUAAAGCUCAAACAUUUUUGUUGAUUCAUACACGGUUUGCUGUUGAUCCUUUAAAAAAAUAUCAAAAUGAUUUUCAAGAUUCACAAAAUGCAGAUGAUAUCGUAGAUAUAAAUCAUUUAAGAACAUGUGUUACAGAUAUACUUUCUAAAUCUGAAAAUAAUGUUAUGCGGUUUGUCGAUCUUAAGCGUUUUUGUAAAAUUAAUAAUCAAUUAUUUCAUCGUGGAUUUUCUAAACAAAUAAGAUCUAUGGAACAGUUGGGGUUUGUAGAAAGGUGCAGAGUUGUAAAUAAUAAAGGAUACUCUAAAUGCGUAAAAUUAAUCAAGCCUUAUAAUACUGAUUUUGUAAAACGGGAAAAUCAAACGGAUAUAUUUAAUCAAGAGGAUGAUAAUAGUUCAGACAAAGAUGAUAUUUGUGAUAAAAAAGAAAAUGAAAGUUUUCCAGAAUUAAUAAAAUUUACGCCUGUUACAAUUUCACGUGAUUUAACAUUAGAAUUUAUUCUUUUUCAAGAAAUAAAGAAUAGUGGUAAGGAAGGGAUUCUUGGACCUAAUCUUAAGAAACAGAUCAUAGGUGAUCAAUGGUCAAAGCCACUUCAAUUGAUUUUGGACAAAUUGUCGGUAGUUCCAGAAAAAUCAUUAAAUCAGAAUAGUGUACAGCCAGAGCAUCUAUCUUAUUUUUCAAUUUAUAAAGAACAAGAAUUUGUUGGUCGAGUAAAUCAAUAUCGUUAUUUAUCAUCUUUGAAUUAUCAGACUUUUUGUUUUGAAAACAAGAUAGUCAAUACAAUAAAGCUCUCUGAUUCAGUUGUAAUAUUUCCUAAAUAUAAUGAAUCUAAAUUUUAUUCGUAUGAUCAAAAUCCUAACAUUCCUGAUAAAAAUAUUAAAACUAAAUCUAUAAAAAUAGGGCGACCUAAAAAACAAUCUAAUGUUAAGAGCUGUGAAGAAAAAAGUCAAUUUUUUCAAAAUUCUACUAAAGAUAAUGUAUCCUGUGAUACCGGAGAAUUUGAUUCUAUAAAAAAAGAAACGGAAAAACCAGUUGAUUUUAAUUCUAUGGAUUUAGAAUUAAAUCAUAAAAGAACAAGUUUUGAAGAAAUCUGCGAAGAAAUGUCACCUUGUAAAAAAUUAAAAAAAGCCUCUAAACUUUCAACUAGGACUAUUUUUACAAGGUCUUUUGCUAAUCUAAAUAUUUCUACUCCAUUAAAUAACUUUGACACUUCAUGUUUUAGGCCGGAAAUAGAUAAUCAAUUAUCGGACUUUCCAGUUCCUAAAAUGCCAGAAAAGCUUUCUUUUCAAAAAUAUACAAAUGAAAAUUCCUCUAAAGAAAAUUCGAAUAAUAAAAUUUUUGAAAAAAAAGAUUCUACUUCUAAAGAUAUAAAUCCGUUCUUAGAUUUAUUUAAUAAUUCUGUUCCAGAAAAAAAAUCUAAUAUCAAUGAAGGAAAAACAGAAGCAUUAGCGUUAAAACAUGAACCACGAACAAGUCUUGCUUAUGUUCGUAGACAAAAUUUAAUAUUAGAAAUACUUGAUGAAAAUGGCGGGAUUUUGCAAGGCGGAAAACACUUAAAUGAACAGUAUAAUAUUGCAUCUAGAAAUAAGGCAUAUUCAUCUUCAGAACAUGAAAUUGAUCGUAAAACAAUGGAAAGAACUCUUGAAUCUUUGAAGAGAAUGGGAAAAAUUCAUCAUAUUUGUGUAGCUCAUACAAGUGCUAAAGGUACUAAAAAUGUAUUUUGGAUUGUUGCAGAUGCGAAAUAUGAUAUUGAUGGGGUCGAAAUUAAUAAUUUUAAAAAUAAGAUUUUGGAAGAACGUUCAAUGAAAAUUCAGACAUAUAAACCUUUGCCGUUAAAAAUUGAAAAUGUACAUGUUAAUCAUCCUAUAAAGUUGAGAAAGAAACAAGUUUUAUUAACAGAUAAUGAACUUCCUAAAUAUCCGGAAUUAAAUAAUAUUGAACGUAAACGUGUUUCAGCAAAACUUGCGCAGCGAGAACAAGAAUUAAUAUUUCAAAAUAUAUCUACAGUUGUUAAUCAAACAGUUCCUUCUAUUGUUUUUGAAGCAAAAACACCUUUUAUUCAUACUUUUAUCAAUAAUGGUAAAAUGGUUUUAGAGAAAAAGGCAUUGGAUCUAAAAACAAAACCAAAACUCAAGCUUAACAAUAAGCCAUUAUCUCUUCGUAGGAAAUUUUUGAAUCGUAAUACCGCUGAUGCUUUUCCACUUGUUGGGAGACAAUGUUUGUUAAAUAAAACUGAUUCAUCUGAUAAAAUUGAUGAAACAGAUGGCCAUGAAAAAGUUUAUAGGAACAUCCCAAUACGUAGAAAAAACAAUUUUACAUCUAAUGAUGAUGAUAUUUUAAUUAGAGCGAUUUUUCUUAGUAAGUGGGCAUAUGGUGGAAACGCUGGACUUAUUGAUUGGGAACUUAUUAAAAAAGUUUUACCUCAUCAUUCUGAAAUAGCAAUUAAAUCACGUUUUAGUACACUUCGUUCAAAAAAUUAUAUUAAAGAGAUUGCUAACUUUUUUGCAACUUCAUGGCUGUCACAUUAUCAAAAUGCAUUAGAGAAUGAAAUCUUACCUCCUAUUUCCUCUAUAUCAAAUGGUUUAGAUAUAUUAAAAUUUAUAGAGUAUUCCAGGACUCUUGAUAUUUUAGAGUAUGUAUAUGAAUUAUUCUUUAUUAAAGCUAAAUUGAAAAGAAGUUAUGAUAAUAUCGAUCUUCCUAAUAGUGUUGAAGAAAUAAAUGCGAAUUAUACUAUUGAAAUUGUAAAUAGAAGAGAGGAUUUACGAAAUAGUUUUUUCGAUACAUCUCUUUCUUUAAAUGCUAGAGAAAUUAUAUUAUAUGGAACUGCGUUUUCUUGUUGUAGUGCUAAUGAAGGCUUUCAAUGUGAAAGCGAAGUUAAAUCUUUAAUAAAGUCAAUACUUAUAACUCCGGAAGAAAAUUAUGAUGCUAAAGUGGCCAAAAAAUUAUUAGAACCAUACGAAGAAAAUCAUGUAGAAUCGGUAUUACAGGAAUUAAUCCAAGAUAAAAUUAUUGUGCGAUCAAAAUCCGAAUUAAAUAGAAUCUUGCCGGGAAGGAAUUACAGAUUUUCUGAUAAAUUUUUACUUACCUUUAAAUCAUGUUUUCCCGAAUCUUUGUUUUUUCAAGCUUUUGAAUUUUAUACACUAAUUACGCAAGAAUUUCAAAAAAACAAUACAUUCGCAUUGUCUGAAUUUAUUAACAGUGGAUCUAUGGCAUGUAUAUUGGAUCUUGCUGCUCACCAUUACAUUCAACUUUCUAUAGAAAAUGCAGUAGACGUUUUUUCCGAUAGUAUUCAUCAAUAUAGUACUCAAAAUUGGGAGGAUUAUAGUAUAAAUUUUUCUGUUGCUGUACAACUAAAAGAUAUUUCAUAUGUAUCGCUUGACAAGUCUAUAAAAUAUGAGAACUCUUUAAAACGUUGUAUUUGGGUAGACAUUUCAGGAAACAUGCUAAAAAACGUUUAUGAUCAAUAUCUUCAAACUAUAUUAACUCUAAUUAUACAACGGCCUGGGAUAGACCUAGUGAAAACAUACUUAAAUGUUUAA